ACUUCAGUCUUCAAUUCAAUUUCAAUCAUCAAUUAACAAUGUGGGUGUGAAAAUAAUACCUAUUAGAAAUUUUAUAGCAAAAUUCAAAUUUAAAUAUAUCAAUAUAACCAAUAGUUAUUCUAAAUACACGUGUGAAUUGUGUUAUUUUGUGCCUACUAAAAAUAUUUAAUACCCUAAGGAAGUCAUUAACUUGUGGUGACGGCCGUGCGUGUUUAUAUCAUUAGCAGCGACAAGAUAAUAAAUCAAGAUGGCAGAAGCAGGGUUCCCCGGGCAGCACUCAACUACGACCACUGUCACAUCCAGCACUAUGGUCAACACUAAAAUACGAUUUGACCAAGUGUAUAUAAGAACAGUGCCGGGAAUUUUGAAGAUUGUUCAAAUAGUGGCCAGUCUGAUCGGCUUCAUUUGUAUCCAAUUCUCGCGGCUGAACAACGCGGGUAGGGGCGCGUACUACAGCUGGAUAUCCAUGAUAGCGUUCUGGUUCACGGGCAUCCUGCUCGGCUUCUACCUGUUCCACAUUGUGGAGAAGUUCUACAAGAUCCCGUGGCUGCGGAUCGAGUUCAUAUUCACGGCUGUGUGGACGCUGCUUUACAUGAUUGCGGCUAUACUGGCGGUUACCGUGGGGGAUAACCCGCAUUCCGCUGCUGCGUUCUUCGGUUUCGCAGCAAUGCUAGCGUACGCGAUCGACGCGUUCCUUAAGUUCCGUCUCGUCCGAGCGGGCGGACUCGCGCAGGGCACUCGUGUGGUUUCCAAACAGACCACUGCUGUUACCAGCCCACCCAGGGUUGGAUACUAAUUCAGGGACAUAAUAUAUUAUGGGAAGCUGGAUACUAACUACCUAAACAGUACUUGAUGUAUUAAUGGAAUAGCCUAAAUACCUUUUCGUUAUGGGAAAUUGUUUUUUAAGCCUUGUAGUCAUGGUAGAAAUUUGUUUAGCAACAAAAUUGUAUCAACAUGAUUCGGAGUUGCCGCCAAUAUUUUACUGGCAACACUGUUUUGUAAAGUUAAUAAUGGCUCGUUAAUAAAUUCUCACCUGAGGUGGGGCAAUACUUUAAAGUUUCUAGUAACAUUCUCGCCUAAAUAACUAAUUUAAUUUUGUUUUUGUUUGUUUUUUUUUAAUUAAUGUUUAUCAACUGUUGCUCAACAAAUGUUUACCAUGAACACAAGGUCUUAUAGGUAACUAACUAAAAAUUUAGCUGUUAACAUCACACUGAAUAAUGUAUUGGUUAAAAUAUGACUCAAACACGACGGACUAGAGUCUAUAGUAGUGUAGAUGUAAUAAUUGGUCCUUUGAGUCGGUUAGUGUACGCACUAUAGGGUAAAACGGGUUUCGCACUCUUGGGCUAUUGUGAUUCAUAUUGAAUAUUGUUUUUAAUAAUACUUUAAUAAUUUUAUACGAUUUUCAAAUCCGUUUUGAUUGUUUUUUGUGGGAGAUUUUUUUAAUACUAAUCCACCAAAUGCAAUUUUAUAUAAGAAGCUUUCUGUGUUAGACGUUAAGGUCCACAAUGCAAGAGAUUCGUUAAUUUUUCUAGUCUUUACAUUCUUAUAUGUGAAAAUGUAAAGUUGACAUUAUUAUGUAAGUAAAAUAAUAUAUAUUUGUAUAUCUUUAUUAACUCUAACCCAGCAAUAAGUAAAUGUACUUAAUUAAUUUUAUAAUCAAGUUUUACAGUUUAUACUUGUAAUUGUAGAAUAAGCACCCUGAAUAUGAAGUAAAUCAUGGUUUAUACUUUUUUAUCGUAUGGAAAUGCAUAAAUAAUAUUAUUUUGAUAUUUAAUAGUCAAAGUGCCUUAUCUAAUGCCUACAGUCGGGUUUAAAAAUGACACAAAUAUUUUAAAGAAACAGGGUCAAAAGCUCAAAAUUUGAAUCUAAAAGACCAUGACUUGUUUUAUAUUAUACACAUAUUUUGUAUUAUUUUACGAAUUAACUAAUAAUAUCCACAUAAUAUGAAUUAUAUAAAUUAAGUUUAUGUUUAAAAUAUGGAAAAUAUAAAAUUUAUAAAUAUUUCGACAUUGAUAACUGACUACAAGAUGAACGUAUAAACCUUAUUUUUACGUCAAAAGUAAAAAAAAAAAAUUUGAAUCGGAUCUGAGGAGUAAAAUGUUUUAUAUAGACUCUUUUUUGAAUGGAUUGUAAUUUUAUCGUUUUUAUACGAAUUUAAUUAAUAUUGAUACUAACUAUUUGUACCUGUUUAUUUUAUUAUUAUAAAUGGCUUUGAUAUUAUAUAAUACAAUUUAUAUUGACGAAUAAACGUAAAAAAAAAUCAUUAUCAUAAUAUAUUGUUGUUUCUCACUUAUCAGCCAAAAUGCAUUGUUAUUAUUUGCCUUACAACACUGCAAUAAAAUUAAUAAUUUUAUAAAGUUAUUGUAUUGUAGUAUCGAAUGCCAGUUUGUUAUGAGCUAUUAAUUAUAUUAACUGUCUUAAGUUUGUUCUGUCAUUUGUGGGAGAUUUUUAUUGUUUUUAAGAUUCACUAAUAGUGCCUUAUUAACUAAAACAUAUUUUUAAAGAAACACUUUAUAAAAGUCGUCAUUCCAUCUAAGAUAAGAAGGAAACAUACAUAUAAGACAUUGAAUGUCGAACAAAAAAAAAUCAAAUAAGUAUGUAUAUUUUUCACAAAAUUUCCACAGUGAAAGAGACAAAUAUUUUUUAUAUUAACUUGAUGAUUCUUAACUUGUAUGUACAUUGUAUCACAAAUUUAAUCAAGUUUUAAGAAACGUAUGCAAAUUAUGCAUUAAAGGUAUAUUGCACAAGCUUUAGCACUCGUAAACUUCUUGUCAAUUCAUACGAAAUUUCUAAGCCAUAGUAUAACUAUCGACUAUAAUAAUAAUAUAUUAUUUACAACGACUUAUUAACUGACUAUUUUCAGAUUCAAGCAUUUUAACUGAUUCACAUUUGCAUUUUAUACCUGCAGUAUUUACGCUUUUGUUAAUAUUUUAAACUUUUAAAUAAAUUGUUAAGUAUA